UGUUCAAUUUCCGAUUGUUUUGGGUGAUUUUCACGAGUGUUUGGUACGAUAAGAGGUCAGGAAAAACCCCUCAAAAGAUUACUGUGCAUGCAGCCAGUCUUAAUACUAUCCUUUCCGCUGAAUUAAUCCCGUGUUUUGUGCGUCCAGAGGCACGCGUWACCCACGAGUUCAUCUUUCAACCAGGUAGCCCCUUGCUCUGCUGCUGUGAUCUUGGUAAAGAUCUGGUAUUUCAWCWWCAGCUAGAAAUUUGGGMUUACAGUAAUACAAACAAUGAUAUACCCGCGAUUGUUGUGUCUGCUCGCAUUUGCUCUCGUACUUGGAUCAAGCUUUUCCAUGAGACGAAAGUGUCCUCGAGUUUGUACAAGAACGUUUAAAGGUKUAGUGGACGACAAACUCAAAAAGAUAAAGACAGGACCACGUGGACCCCGAGGCCAAAGAGGCAGAGAGGGAUCACGCGGUUCCCAAGGUCCUCGYGGUCCGCCAGGCCCUAAGGGAGAGUCUGGUCUUCUAGCUAAUCUCCCAAAGUGUAAGGCCGGAGAGUUUCUUACCUCGGAUGGAAAGAAGCUGUUUUGCGUUAAAUUUGAUACGUCCAUCUGUAACCAUGUGGUGAAAUGUCCAGGUAAUCCUGCUGGGCCUCCAACUACAACGCUUGCUCCUACCACAACACAGACACCAACUAUGGCAUAUCAUGUCAACAUGACGCAGUUCAUGAAGAAAUACAUGAUACAAACGCUGUAUACCGAUGCGUGGGACCUGGGUACGUUUGAGAUCGGCGAUCAACURUUUCUUGGCGUUUCGCAACUGGGCAGCAAAAGCUUUGUUAUUUAUAAAUGGUGGACUAUUAACAACAAGUUUCACGAAUAUCAAGUACUCAAAGUUGCCAACGCACGAAAAUGGAGUCACUUYAAGAUAGGGCAAGACACAUACUUCGCAGCCGCGAGCAAUCAUCGUUUUCACGACUCCCCCGUCUUCAAGUGGGUAGAUAACCAGUUCAUUCCGUACCAGACAUUGUCCUCAUCAAAAGCCUUCGAUAUCGAACCCAUAAGAAUMAAGGACGAGGUUUUUCUUGGCGUUGCUGUGUACUACGGACCAUAUUCAAAGAUCUUCAAAUGGAAYGGUGAAAGAUUCGUUUUCUUUCAAAGAAUUUUAGCUGCAGGAGCYGAUAUGGAGUCGUUUACUAUCGGUGAUGAUGUCUUUCUUGCGGUCACUGGUCCGGCUGCACGUGGACCSUACGCGUCCAUUUUCAAGUGGAAUGGUGCCAAGUUUGAGAAGCACCAACACGUUUUUACAGAAGAACGUUCAUACGGACUUAAAGCCGUCAAAGUUGAUGGAAAUGUCUUUCUAGCUGUAGCAAGAUGGGGAGCCAAAACAUCRUUAAUUCACAAAUGGAAUGGAACUUCCUUUAACUUGUUCCAAAGAAUACCUUCCAGAAGAGCACGUGACUGGGUUUGCAUUACGUCAGCGCACAUGGGUAAAGAGAAGACRUACCUCGCCAUAGUGAGCAGCGGUAUUAACCCAACUAUCUAUGCGUGGGAUAAGUAUCAUUCCAAGAGGUUUGCCGAGGUGCAAGAAAUUCCAUCGAGAAGGACACGUGAUAUGGUGUUUUUUAUCAUGGGUGAAAAGGUGUAUUUAGCCGUUGCAUCACAUCGRAGCACAGACAUCUAUCAAGGCUCGGAAGUAUGACCUCGUCCUUAGAUGAUUCCCUUAAAUUCGCUCCCACUUACACGUAGAAGCUUUGUAAACAUCAGAAAAUAAUUGGCUUUUUAAUAGAGCGCUUACACAGCUUACAUGUCCCGUCCACACGAAAUCCAUCGCUCUACAUGUAAACGCCGGUUAUUUCUGUAAUCGGUCCUUGGACGAAGACAUUUCCGAGUAGCUAGUUCACCGCUUAGCUUACAGAACUAUAUAUAAAUGGACGCUUGGUGUUUGAUAUUCUGUACAGUGUAUAACUGUUGUUUUUAUGCCAUAGUUAUAUAUAAUAAUAAUUGAACCCGACUAUACACUGUUAUUGUACAUUUGAUUUAGUUUACAAAGAAAGACGCUAGAAGAGUGAAAACAUGAACAUAAUUAUUAUUAGUUUUGUAUUUCAGUUCAUUUAAAUGUGAAUGAUGAAGAUAAUAAAUAGAAUCUACUAGCAGUAUUAGCUUGCUGAGUCUGUAACAACAGUAAACAAUUCGCGAAAAUAUUCUUUGACGAGUAUUCUCGCUUAAUUACGAGAUGGAACACAAUUACGCAUCAAGUUAUUAAAGCAUUUAUUAAUCUGUACAUCUUAAAUGUACAAUCGUAAUAUUGAACGUAUUUUUCUAACUAGCAUACACGAUAUUGUCCUAAACCGCUGCUUUCGCUCUAAUUACAUUGCAACGAUGUGUUAAUAAUACUAUAUACUAACUCAAGUGGAGAAAACAUUGUGCUAUCGAGCUCGAUCGGCUACGGCUCGUUUUUAUACUUACUUUUUCGUAUUUUAAACAAGUGCAAUUGUUUGAUGUAGGUACUCAAGAAUUAUUAUUUGACAAAUUCAAAACAAGUAGAUUUAUAGAAGUGUUUGAUCAAUGAUCCAGUUAUAAUUGAAAUACUAACGAUAAUAAAAUUCAAUUUAGUUGUA